AUGCAAUCAUUGCCACUAGACUUUCACAACAACUUGUGGAUUAAAUAUGUCGCAGCUUUGCGCAAUGGCGACUUGUCAUUCACGGGUGACUCCGCUUCGUGUGAACUGGUGAACCGAGAACUAAACGGCUCAAACUACAAUUUUCAUUUAACCGUGCUCAAGAGUCUUGAAAAUCGUCCAGAAAAAGGAGAUAUUGGCUGCAAUCCUUUCGAAAACCCAGAGCCUGAGCUUACAAUCUUGAAUACUUUCGGAGAAAACAAUGAGUUUCGCAUUGUUUUAAACAAAUUUCCUGUGGUUCCUGCUCAUUUCAUGCUUCUUACCAAGAUAUUCAAGUCACAGGAUACACCAUUGUCCCCCAAUGAACUAUUGGCGACCUACUCAGUCUUAAGCGGAUUAUCUAGAGAUGGAACUAAAGAAGAUUGGUUUGCAUUUUAUAAUUGUGGCCCGGAAAGUGGUGCCUCUCAGCCGCAUAAACAUGUUCAAUUUAUGACGCUCCCAGCCAAGCAUCGGUCUUUCGCAGAAAAAUUGAUAGAUUCUUCAGAAGACUUCAUACCCAGCCAAACAAAAGUUCCAUUGCAAGACAAAAACUUACCUUUUGCUCAUUUUGUUGCAAAAUUGCCUGAUAAUGUUUUCAGCGAGUCUGGGGAUGUUUUGCUCAUGACCUUUUAUUCGUUGCUUCAAAGUACUCUUAACGUUUUGAAGGAUCAUGAUUGCCAUCACAUUUCCUUCAAUUUCUGUGCAACAAUGAAGUAUAUGAUGUUGAUACCUAGAUCAACUUCGAAUUUUGAAGGUAUAGGGAUCAACUCUUGCGGAUUUAUGGGCUUAGCUUUGUGCAAAAACCCUAACAUUGCGAAAGUAUUUAAAGAGAAAGGUUUUGAGAAUGUAUUGAGUGUAGUUGCAUUUCCCAAUACUUUCGACCUGAAAACUGACGAAUAUCACUAUUAA